AUGAAUGAGCUAUUGUUUGAGGCAUACCGCGUACAAUCGGUGAAUUAUGGAUUGGACGCCCUUUUCUCAGCCUAUGCCAAUCAUAUUCGUGACAACGGCCUCAUCGUGUCCUCUGGCCGCACCACAACAACUGUCAUCCCCUUAGUGAAUGGCCGCGGCUUUUUAGACAAUGCAAAGCGAUUGUCUUGGGGCGGCAUACCUGCGACUGACUUUUUGUUGCGCCUCAUGCAACUGAAAUAUCCCAAUUGCCCACAACGCAUGACACCGUAUGAGGUGCAGUGCAUGCUGGAAGAGCUCUGCUACACAUCUUCUGAUUAUGAUGCAGACCUUCGAGCUAUGCACGAUCCCGAUACACUUGCCAGGGUGGACCGAGUCGUGCAACUGCCAUAUUCAGGUCCGGAGCGGAAAGAAAAGACUCAGGAAGAACUCGAUAAGAUUGCAGAGCGGAAGCGAGCAGCUGGAAAACGCUUGCUAGAGCAAACAAAAUUAAUGAGGCAAGAGAAAGCACAACGAAACGAGAACGAUCUCAGAUAUUAUACCCUAUUGAGUGAAUGGAAAGAGAAAGAGUCACCAGAAGCAUACCAAGCGCGUCUAGAAAGCGAAGGCUUUGAAACGGAGCAUGAGUUUGAAAAACUUCUGAAACGACUCGAUACGUCGGUCCGGAAACACCGAGCUGAAGAGCAAGGCGAAGAAUUCGAGGAAGAGAAAAAAGAGCCCGAGUUUCCUCUUGUUGAUGUGCCUGAUGCUGAGCUCGAUGAGGAAGGCAUCAAGGAGAAGCGGCGUCAGCGUCUCCUCAAAGCAGGGCAUGAAGCUCGUCUCCGCGCACGGGCAGAAAAAGAAGAAGAAAAGCGGCUUCAAGCUGAAGAAGAAGCUCGCGAAACGAAGGAGCGCACGGACGAUCCGCAAGCGUGGCUGCACAAAAUUCGCACGCAGCAUCGCGAUUCUAUCGCACGUAUCGACGAACGCAAGCGCCUUCGUGAGAUGCUUCCGAACCGGAAGAGUGCAGCGGCACAACAACGCAUGCGAAGCAUAACUGCGCUAGCAAGCGAGCAUGAGAGUGCAUCGUCAGGCUCACAGCGCCGACGAAAGCGUGGAGAUGAUGAGGAUACAUUCGGCGCAGAUGACAACGAUUGGUCUGUGUAUCGGGCGAUCAACGAUGCUACGAAUGAGGAAGAAGAGGCACAAGAUCAAGAGACGCUAGCCGAACUAGAGCGGAAGCUUUUGGAAUUUGAUGAUGAAUUCACCGAGGAAAGUACGUACGAGGCAAUUCAGGCCCGAAAGACCCGCCUCACCUACACAUUCCUUCGUGGACAAGAACCACGCUGGGAUCCCGACGAUCCUGUUCAGUUCCAUCAAGUGCACAUGAAUGUGGAACGAAUUCGCGUGCCAGAGAUUUCUUGGCAGCCUAUCAUUGCAGGCGUGGACCAAGCAGGUGUGGGAGAAUUAAGCCGCCAUGUACUGUUCUCUGUCGACCAGAACAUCCGUGAUCGCAUGAUUCGCAACGUGCUUGUGACCGGACGCUAUUCGUCCCUGCCAGGCUUUGAUGCACGUCUCUCCUCAACCCUGCAAUCCUAUUUACCGCCACAUGCGCCAUUAUCUGUGCGUCGGGCGAAGAAUGCGCGUUUCGAUCCUUGGCGAGGAAUGCGUCAAUGGGUUACAGAGCAGAACGAGGACUUCCGCUCCUCUUCUGUAAGCAAGGCUGAAUAUGAAGAAAAAGGCAGUGGUUGGUUUAAGGAGCAUGCCCUGUCCGCGUGCUGGCGGGCGUAG